AGGAAGUAUCGAUUGUCAGAGGUCAUCAACAGUUAGACGCAGCUUUCUAGUAUUUCUCACGCAGUGAAAUUACGCAAUUGAUAUUGAUAAUUAUUGAUAGCAAAAUUCACUUGUUCCUGUCUACAUACAUUUUCCUGCAUAAGUGAAUUUGCGUACAGGUCCUUUGUGUAUUUCCGAGGAAAAUACUGCGCCAUUAAUUAUUAUGUGAUGUGAUACUCAAUCUUUCCUGCUACAAGUUUACUGGGAAUUAGUAGAACUCAUGUAAUUAUUUGGAACUGCAGUCAGAAUCUUUAAAAAUGGCAAACCAAACGAGGGGUUGUAUAAACUCUACUCUUGGUAUAGACGAGGCCUGUCUCGUACUUAAAGAUCUAACAAAUUAUCCUGCGAUCUUUCAUGCGAUAGCACGUGAAGCUUACAUGGGCUUAGGCUUCCCAUUAGCUAAUUUAGAACCAGGGACAAAUACAAGCCUGAUCAUAAGCACAAAACGUCCACUGCACAUUUACUAUCAGACUAUUGAAGACGGUCAAUACCGUGACAAUUGCCAUACGGCGUAUAACUUCAAAGAACAUGGCCUGUACAGGUGGAAUUUGUCAGACGGUGGUAUUUGCCAUGAAAUAGAAACUUUACGCCAACCAGUACAGAGCUACCUUCCGAUCUUUGCUGUAUUUAUGCUGUUAGUCAUAUUGGCAAUUCUCCGGUCGGCAACCAGCGUUGUAAUACGUGUGAUAAGAGGAAAACUGUCGCCGGACAAUGUACAAGAUGAUUUGGACAGACUUCAAGAGAAUGAAAGCGUGACGCAUACUGUGAUUGUAACUACGAAAUCUAGCAUGAGGAUUAAAUCAGUGGACGCGUUUCGAGGAAUCGCUUUAUUGUUAAUGAUAUUCGUUAAUAAUGGAGGUGGCCAGUACGUGUUCUUCAAUCACAGCGCAUGGUUCGGCUUGACCGUAGCAGAUCUGGUACUUCCUUGGUUCGCUUGGGUCAUGGGAUUGUCUAUAACGAUCUCGAAGAGAGCUGAACUUCGCGUAACGACUUCGCGUUUAAUGAUAAUUACCCGGUGUAUCCGAAGAUUUGUAUUACUCAUUCUCCUGGGAUUAAUGGUGAACUCGAUUCACAGUAAAACUCUGCACGAUCUUCGCAUCCCAGGAGUUCUCCAAUUACUGGCUGUCGCGUACUUCGUGUGCACCAUUUUGGAGACGAUCUUCAUGAAACCUCACACGCAGGAUACGUUACUCCAGUUCGGACGGUUUGCUAUGUUCCGGGACAUCGUCGAUAGCUGGCCUCAAUGGUUGAUUAUGACAUGCAUCGUCACCACGCAUACUCUCAUCACUUUCCUUCUCCCCGUGCCAAAUUGCCCCUCGGGUUUCUUCAGUCCUGGUGGAAAGUAUCAGUACUAUGGAAAGUAUGAGAACUGCACCGCUGGCGCAGCUGGGUACAUAGACAGGAUGCUGUUUGGGGAACACAUGUAUCCUGUGACGAACGAUCCCGUUUACGGACCUAUCGCUCGUCACGAUCCCGAAGGAUUAAUGAACACGAUAUCUGCAAUAUUCAUCGUCUAUCUCGGUGUUCACGCUGGCAAGAUCUUGAUACAGUACUAUCAAUGCAAUUCGCGAGUGAUCAGAUGGUUACUCUGGGCAGUCCUUACGGGUAUCGUUGCUGGAAUCUUGUGCAAGUUCAGUGCUUCAGAAGGAGUGAUCCCGAUCAGCAAGAAGAUGAUGACCUUGUCGUACGUCUUGGCUUGUUCCAGUUUGGCUUUCCUCCUCUACACGAUCCUGUACGUUCUCAUCGAUUACAAGCAAGUCUGGAGCGGAGCACCGUUCAUCUACGCUGGGUCGAACCCGAUCUUCAUUUACGUCGGUCACGUGCUGACGAAAGGCUUAUUCCCCUGGGCUUGGCACUACGCUCAUUCCUGCCACGCGGUCGAACUUAUUAUCAACUUGUGGACAACGGUAUUAUGGGGACUGAUCGGUUACGUUCUCUACCGGUCAGAUGUUAUUAUAACUAUUUAAAAGUAAUAAGUGUUUAAAAGAAAGUAUAAAUGUUUAUAACGACUGGAAUAUUUUUGAGUUUAACAUUUCUAAGAUCACGAAGAAACGGAAUCAUUUUAUUUGAAGACCUCUGUUAACUGAUACUAUGUGAAGAAUCCCCUGGAUUUAAUUUUAAUUUAAGCGUUACACUGUAGUUCUAAUAAAUGUAAUAAUAAAUAAAUGUAUUUUCUUCUGUA